GGGGAACACAGGAAACAACCAAAGACCUUUCCCAUUUGCUGAAACUCUUCAAAACCCUAGAACUAUAAAAUUUCCGAAUACACAGCGUUUUCUUUUUCCCUCUUUCUGGUAAACCUAGGGUUUCGACAAACCCUAGCUCAGAGAACCUUGGCAAGCAAUUCUGAAGCCAGCGAUGGACUUCGACGAGUACGAUUAUCUGGAGAAGACUGUACAGGAGAACGACGAGCGGGACUCGAAGAAGAAAACGAAGAAGGACGGAACCGAGAAGAGUUACAGAAAAAGAGAGGUUGACGACGACGUUUCGGUCGGUGCCGAAGAUGAGGAUAGGAAGAGCAGUAAGAGGUCGAAGGGCGAGUACGAGAAUGGCCGCGAUAAGGAUAGGCACCACAGAAGUGGUAGAGAGAGGGAGAGAGAGGGCGAAAGGGACAAGGACCGAGAUCGUGAUCGCGAGCGGGAAAGAGACAGAGACAGGAGUAGUAGAGACAAGGACAAGGACAAGGACAAGGAGAGAGAAAGAGAGAGGAGGGAGAGAGAUAAGGAGAAAGAGAGAAGUAGUGACCGUGAAGAGAAAGAGAGGCCUCGCAGAAGUAGUGACCGCGAAGAGAAAGAAAGGCCUCACAGAAGUAGCGACCGCGAAGAGAAAGAGAGGCCUCGCAGAAGUAUCGACCGCGAAGAGAAGGAGAGGUCUCGCAGAAGUAUCGACCGCGAAGAGAAGGAGAGGUCUCGCAGAAGUAGGAGCCGCUCUGAUCGUGAUAGGGAGAGGGAAAUUAGAGAAAGGGAACGAGAAAUUGAGUUGAGAGAGAGCAGGAGGUUUAAAGACAAAAAAGAAGCGGUGGAGCCUGAAGCUGAUCCAGAAAGGGAUCAGAGAACUGUUUUUGCUUACCAGAUGCCACUGAAGGCAACCGAGAGAGAUGUUUAUGAAUUUUUCUCAAAAGCGGGCAAGGUGAGGGAUGUACGACUGAUCAUGGACAGGAAUUCUAGACGGUCAAAAGGAGUUGGGUAUAUUGAGUUUUAUGAUGCAAUGUCUGUGCCAAUGGCUAUAGCUCUCUCUGGCCAACUACUUCUGGGACAACCUGUAAUGGUAAAACCUUCAGAGGCUGAAAAGAAUCUUGUUCAGUCCAACACAUCUGGUGGGGCCGUAGGUGUUGCAGGACCAUAUGGUGCAGUUGAUAGGAAACUGUAUGUAGGGAACUUACAUUUUAACAUGACUGAGACUCACCUUAGAGAGAUUUUUGAACCAUUUGGUCCAGUGGAACUCGUGCAACUUCCCCUUGAUCUUGAGACAGGACAGUGCAAGGGGUUUGGCUUUGUUCAAUUUGCUCAUCUAGAACAUGCAAAGGCAGCUCAAAGUUUGAAUGGAAAGUUGGAGAUUGCUGGUCGAACCAUCAAGGUUUCAUCUGUUACGGAUCAUGUUGGAUCACAAGAGACUGGAGCAAAAUCUGCAGACUUUGAUGAUGAUGAUGGGGGUGGUUUGUCUUUAAAUGCCCAAUCGAGAGCAUUGCUAAUGCAGAAGCUGGAUCGCACUGGUAUUGCCACAAGUAUUGCGGGGUCUCUUGGAGUUCCAGUGCUGAAUGGGUCAGCACCAAAUCAACGAGCUGGUACUUUGCCGAUCAAUGGCCAAGCGGCAGUCUCUGCUCCAAUUCUUCCGGCUACAGUUAUGCCGUUUGCAGUCACCGAACCCAUUGGAAACCCCAGUGAAUGUCUACUAUUAAAGAAUAUGUUUGAUCCAGCCACUGAGAGGGAGCCAGAUUUUGAUAUAGACAUUAAAGAUGAUGUUGAAGAAGAAUGCUCGAAAUGUGGCCGGGUGAAGCAUAUAUACGUGGACAAAAACACUGCUGGUUUUGUGUAUUUGCGGUUUGAAACUGUGGAAGCAGCAGCUGCAGCGCAACAAUCUAUGCAUUUGAGAUGGUUUGCAGGCAGGCAGAUUUCAGCCCUGUUCAUGCAACCGCAAGUGUACGAGGCCAGGUUUGGAGCGUAGAAUGGAGUCAAAGUGUCUUUGUGGAGGUGUUUUUAGUUUACAGCUAGUCAUUUCUUUGUCCUCUUUUUAUUUUUAUUUUUUUGGGUCAAUUUCUUUGUCCUUUUAGGAUACAAAAUUUCCUAGUUUUGAUCCUUACACAUGUAUGAUUACAUCGAAUGCAUGACACUCGCUUGGUGGAAGAAAGUGUGUAAUUUUGUACUCCAACCGUCUGUUUUAUAUCAUUAACUAAUAUUAAGAGUUUAAUUUAUC